UAAUAUCAAACAUGUAGAAUCCCAUGUUGGAAGAUCUAAAAAAUAUAAUGAAAGAAGGUUGGCUGGAGAAAGAAUCAAGAGUAUUUAAAUCAUGGAGAAAGUAUGACCCCUAUUUAUCCUAGACGAUGGUUUGUAUUAACUACUACUACCCUAUAUUCAUUUAAGGCAGAGAAAUAAUAUUCAAAUCCUACAGAAAUUAUUUAAUUGGCAACUGUUAGCACCAUUAAAAGCUGUUAGGAAGAAACUAAUAAGGAGAAUACAUUUGUAAAUAUUGAUUACGCUAUACAUCAAGAAAAUUGAUACUCCUGAUUAAACCUUUUACCUGCAAGCAAGUAAUAAUUAAGAGAAGGAGGGUUGGAUUGGAGCUGUUGGUAAAGCUAUGGUUAAAUUAAAUUUGAAAAAAAAAAGAAGUGAUGAUGAUGAUUGAUAAUCUGAU